GGAGGGAGAGAAAUAGAAGGAGAGAGAGAGAUGGAGAAGAAGAAGAAGGCGAGGCUCUGCAGCGACAGCAGCAGUAGCCAAAGCCAUGGAGAAGAGAGGGUUUCUCAGACCUGCAGCUGUUGGGAAGGUCUGAGUCCUGAGAUCCUUGCUCUGAUCUUCGUCCGUCUCCCUCCUGAUGAGAUGGCUCGUCGAGUUCCCUUUGUCUGCCGUUCAUGGCGUGAGACCGUUGCUGGGCCCUACUGCUGGACCGAGAUCGACAUCGAGAAGUGGUGCCGACGCUGCAACCGCUCCGAAAUUAUCGAUCCUGCCGUCCGAUACCUUGUACGGCGCAGCAAAGGCACCGUCCGUUUUCUCUCUGCUUACAAGCUAGGCAACCGUACAUUCGCUUUUAUCGCAAGCUUUGGGAAAUGUUUGAAGGUCUUGAAGAUUCCAAUGAGUCAGGUAAUUGAUAAGAUUGUGGUAGAGCAUGCGGGAUCACUCUCAAUGUUGACUGUCUUGGACAUCAGCUACUGUGUGAAAAUCACGUCCAAAGGCCUCGAAGCGCUGGGCAAGCAUUGCAAGUCUCUGAUUCACCUGAGAAGGAACAUGCCCCCGCCGGAGAUUGAGCUUGGAAGCAAGGCGGUAGAAGAUGAGGCGAUGGCUGUAGCCAAUACGAUGCCAGGGCUCCUUCACCUUGAGCUUGGAUAUGGUCUUUUUAGUGACCAUGGUCUCGAUGCCAUCCUUACUAAGUGCAAGGCUCUCUGCCAUCUUGACAUUCAAGGUUGCUGGGGUGUGAAGAUGGAGGGGGAUCUCGAGGAGAGAUGUGAGAGGAUUAUGUUCUUUAGGAGCCCCUGGGAUGAUGAUGAGUACGAUGAUGCAAGUUCCUCGGACAGCGGUAGUGAUGGCCAAGGUGACAAGUCAGGCAGUUCCUCUGACUACUCAGAUUAGCAAGGUGUUUGGCUAUCUACGUCUUUCCUUUUUGCUGGGCGUCUGGUAAUUAAGAGAUAUAUAUACACACUUCUAUGCAGUUUUUGAGGAUACAUAACAGAAGUUCUUUGGGUAUAUACCACAGGUAAUUUUGAGAGUUAAAUAUUUUGUGUAAGUUUUUUGCAGUUAAUGCACAUAUCUUUGCGUCAUAUUAACACUAUGGGUUAUCAAUGGAAUUGAUGUGAAUAUUUGUAUGGAAGUUCAAUACAUAUAAACCUCCACUUGGUUUAA